AUGUACCCCCACUACUGGGCCCCACCAUUGAUGUACCCCCACUACUGGGCCCCAUCAUUGAUGUACCCCCACUACUGGGCCCCAUCAUUGAUGUACCCCCACUACUGGGCCCCACCAUUGAUGUACCCCCACUACUGGGCCCCACCAUUGAUGUACCCCCACUACUGGGCCCCAUCAUUGAUGUACCCCCACUACUGGGCCCCACCAUUGAUGUACCCCCACUACUGGGCCCCACCAUUCAUGUACCCCCACUACUGGGCCCCAUCAUUGAUGUACCCCCACUACUGGGCCCCAUCAUUGAUGUACCCCCACUACUGGGCCCCACCAUUGAUGUACCCCCACUACUGGGCCCCACCAUUGAUGUACCCCCACUACUGGGCCCCAUCAUUGAUGUACCCCCACUACUGGGCCCCACCAUUGAUGUACCCCCACUACUGGGCCCCACCAUUGAUGUACCCCCACUACUGGGCCCCAUCAUUGAUGUACCCCCACUACUGGGCCCCACCAUUGAUGUACCCCCACUACUGGGCCCCACCAUUAAUGUACCCCCCACUACUGGGCCCCAUCAUUGAUGUACCCCCACUACUGGGCCCCACCAUUGAUGUACCCCCACUACUGGGCCCCACCAUUGAUGUACCCCCACUACUGGGCCCCAUCAUUGAUGUACCCCCACUACUGGGCCCCACCAUUGAUGUACCCCCACUACUGGGCCCCACCAUUGAUGUACCCCCACUACUGGGCCCCACCAUUGAUGUACCCCCACUACUGGGCCCCACCAUUGAUGUACCCCCACUACUGGGCCCCACCAUUGAUGUACCCCCACUACUGGGCCCCAUCAUUGAUGUACCCCCACUACUGGGCCCCACCAUUGAUGUACCCCCACUACUGGGCCCCACCAUUGAUGUACCCCCACUACUGGGCCCCACCAUUGAUGUACCCCCACUACUGGGCCCCACCAUUGAUGUACCCCCACUACUGGGCCCCAUCAUUGAUGUGCAACAUUCUAGCAAAACAUAA